CGCAAUCACUUGUACGAUGUAACGUUGUAUUUGAAGGAAGAUAGCCAGCUGGGAUAUUACAUUUCCCUCCUCCUUAAGAAAUUUCGACAACUGAAAGCGCAGGGACUAUUAUUGAAUUACCGAGUACGAAAACGGAAAGUGCAGUUAUAACGAAAACAACCAACUAGCGAUUCAUUCUAAAAGCAUAUAUUUAUUCCUCAUAGUCUCCCAUGUGCCACAUAACCACAUCACUGAGUUUGUUCAUUCUCUUCAUCGUCUCCAUGGUCACUCUUUAUCCCUCUUAUGGCAAAUACUUGAGGUUUCCUCCCAGCUCUAGACAUUUGGCCUUGGUCACGACUGGUAUGGCAGGUGUUCUCGCCAUUGAAACGUCCUCCAUAGUUGUUGUAGGAUCCAUUGGGUUGGUUCCCGAAGUGUUGUCCGGUUCAAGUUCUUCCUCCUCCACCCCAGACGGAUUGCUCGGACUGAGCUAUCUCUUGUUCUCCUUUCCUAGGGCACACUGUAGCAAAAUGGCCCGGCUCACUGCAAUAGUAGCAAACCCUGGGGGACUACCUAUAUGCCCCUAAAUGGUCCCGCCCACACUGGUUGCAGGGACCCCUGUUGCCGGACGCCUAACCAGGCCGGACCGAGCCAGUCUGCUCUAAGUACCUCCAAAAUUAUAGGUACCAGUUGGCCACCUCUCUUAGGCAUGCUACUCGCCUUCCUUUUACUACCCUCUCGCUAAAUCCCUUCCUCAUGUAAGGAUGUCUGACUCGCUUUGACUAUCACAAUAAAAUCCCACAUAAGGCCCAACUAUAAUCCUUAGAUGGGUGCAAUAUAGGACAAGUAUGUUUAAAUAUCGACUCGGGCCGGCCCAUGUACCACUACUUAGACUAUUUGAAACAUUAUCCAGCGAAUGUGUUUUGGUGAAAACAAAGGUCUAAAGCUAAAUUACUUUGCAAGGUAAAUGGAUUUGACAAUAAUUGGGAAGGCUUCACCCGGGUGUUGCUCCCCCUAGCUAAAAAUUACGACUUGAAGAAUCGAAUGACCGUGUGUGGUUAGUGGGUUAUAAACUGCAUGGAAGUCUAAAAAGUAGCCAAGGCUACCCUCUUAGUCUCUAGGUUGAGGAAAUGGGAUAUGAUCUACACCUGAACCUGGUGAACAUCUCCAGGUCCAACACCUAGUGGGGUCCAACCUCGUUGUACCUCCGUUGCUCGAACAUGUUGUCGUACUUCUUGUGGUUCACCAGGUGGUGAAUGUACUCAUGACUCGCAUCAACCUCCUAUGCCUUUGAAGGCUUUUCACAAUAUUGGAUUACAAACAAUUUAAGCUCAACCAAGUAAAAAGCUCAUCAAGACAUGGUUUUAGGUAAUUCAUGAUUCUUCCAAAUAAAGAUAUUGAACCCAAACCAUGCCUCGAUGGCUGCCAACCAUCAUUCCCACAAGUGGAGCAAGUCAUUUUUUGUCUUAAACUGCACUUGGUGAGAAUUCUCAAUUCAAACCACAAAAUCAUGCACAAUUUUUUCCCACCAAGGCUCAAUUAACUUAACAAACACUUCAUGCAACAUUCAAUCAACCUAAUUCGACAUUCCCCUCGCCCAAUUUCAUCAUGCAUGCAAAGUUUCCCAAAUUAUCCUCACAUAAGAACUCUAACCCGAUUCUCCAAAAACAACAAAGAAAAGGUUUGAGACAGACCAGGAGGCGCAAGUAGGGUCAAAGAGAGAGGUGAUGAGAGUGCAAGGGUGUUGAAAAUCAGCCGAAAAAUAGCUCGGUGGAGCUCUCUAGAGUCUCACCGAAAAUUGCCCACCCUUGAAUAAAUUCAAGCCAAAUCG